AUGUUGCCAAGUAACGAGGGACGAACCCCGAUGAUGCGAGUCAUUUCGCAGUCCGUUGUCCCACGAGACAUUACGGACGAGUUUACCAAAGCGGCCUCAAAAUUGCAGACUGGGCAACUGGUGAAAGAUGAGUACUUUACGUUGUUCGAGGCAGUGGGCGCACUGGAGAUUAUGGACUCGAAAAUGGACAGUGGCUAUCUUGGACCGGGGCAAACCGACGUGCAAGCGUUAGAGGACGACUACGAUACCACGCGGGAGCUGGCUCCGGAGCAGGUGAUAGGGAUAAUGGAUGAACUAUUAUGUCAUGAGAUGGCAUGGCAUAUGGGACAUCCACUCUCGCAAACACUUUUUACCUCUCUAUACCUUGAUAAACUCCUUUGGCCCAUACCGAAAACGCUUGAAGAAGCCCACUUUUGUCGUCCGGGAUCCUCUAGGAACAAGGAAGAGCCAGGGAUGGUACAUGUCGUGCUACGUGCCUAUUGUCUUGCGCUUCUCAAAUGUUGCGAUUUUGUUCAUGCGCGAGUGAUAAAUGAGUAUUUCUACGAGGAGGAAGACUUUGUCACCCAAUUGUACAACCGCAGUUUGCUGUCGCAGUUCGACCAUGAAUAUUUCCGCAAUCUUUUGGACCGGGCGAUUUCAUGGGUAGAUGAGCAAGGGGAUAGUGUCGAUGGAAAACUGAAAGAAGCAAUAAAGUGCCGGUUGGUCUUUCGGCGUGAUUUUCUUCUUAGUUUGGACCAGGAUCUCGAUAUCAUACAGAGUCGGUCAGCCAGUCGCUUCUCAUCUUGUCUGUCGCAAUUGGGCCCCAUAACGGAAUCGGUGCCACUGGGAAGACCAGUACCUGAAGCGUUUAGUUGGAAGAUCCAACGAAAGCUGGCCAGCACAGUUCCCCCUCGACCAAUGGUAAAGAUAAGCUUUGAGGAUGCGCUGGCGCAUUUGAAACGGUUGUGCCAAGAUGCCAUUGAUCUGCUGGAGGUCCUGGAUUACUCUGGACCCCAUAACCUCAAGGUGGCCGUUUGGACUCUGUUGUCUCGGAAGCCCCAGCCGUCAGUUUAUAUUCGAUCACUGGUUCAAUCUAUGAUUCUGAGUAACAUGAUGGUUCUGGGAGCUGUGCCAGUGAAGAAGUUCUUAUAUGAUGAGCUUGCGGAAAUCGUCCUCCCUUCAAGCACGCUUCUGCAAGCCAACACAGACGAGACGGAAAUGCCGACCGACCCUCGCUUUCAGAUAGCCAACCACAUGGAUGCUUUUGUUAAACGCUUUGCUCAGCCAUUUGUGGACACUUUCCGAAGUGCGUGUCUCAAUCGCUGCCGUAUUCGUCGGACAGUAUGUCAUACAAUUGUUGACUGGGACAACCUACAGAUGGAGGCCGAAGACCUCGAUGAACAACUACGCACGCUGAACAACGAACCUCCCCUUAUGCUCCAAAACGGCGACGCUACCUAUUCAUACCCGCUCAGUAGCUGGGCCUACCACCAGAAACUGAACCAGUUCCGGCUCGUUAUCCAGCUCGGAUUCGAACUUUCUAUCUAUUCUCCCGAGGAACUACCAGGAAUGUACUGGUACUUAUCCCACAUCUGCUCCACUCAUCUCGGCCACAUUGACCGAAUCCGCACAUUUACCGUUGCUACCGCGAAGCGCAACCUGACCGCUCUGGCGGGAAAGAAACGCGAUGCCGUCGAGCGACAUGCCGCUUUACAGAAUACGCUCCGUCUUCUCGAAAGACUUACUACGCAAAUCGUCGCCGUGGAUGCCUUUGCCAUAUCGUUACACGCUCUAUAUGUUUUGCUGGCUCGCCAUGAAGUUCUGCCCACAGCAGCGGCCGCGCAGGCAUACUCCAGCGAAAGAUUACGGUAUGAACUCCGCAUGAAGCCCUUCCUAUCGAUUACUUUGCCGGAACUUGUCCCCUUCGACGAAUUCCGGCGAGAGGCUAUCUUAGAAGGGGACAGUGAUGAGACAGUCCUGGAGCGUGCCACGAAAGCCAUCUCUGAAGCCCGCAAAGCUUGGGAAGCGACCCUCGCCAACGGUGCAUUUAUCCGGGAUCCUCAAGGCCAGGCGAAUCAGACCCUGGCCAUUGAAGAAGAUUGGAAGAAGGAUAUUAAGAAUACGUUGCGGGCCUGCAUCGGGGCUAGCAUUGCCAUUGAAACGGUGAAGAAGGCAUUGACCGCGCUCCGUGCAUCCACCGAUGUUGUUAACCUUCAGGUGAGUAUUCCCGACAUGGGUUCCAAAGCGCGUUGGCAUGACUGGUGGGUUGUACCCCAAAUAACGCCGAGGCCGAGCGGCUCUCAGACAUGA